CGAAGAUUCAGCCCCCUUCCGCCGUGUGGUGAAGCGGUUUACGAUACAAACAUUUAUAGGCAAAGGGUUUCAAGGAGCCGAACGCGGGGAAAAUUAGACCUUCCGGAAGGAAAUAAUGGGGAGACAGAAAGGAGAGGGAGCCAGGAGCAAGUCACGCCCUUCAAGCAGCAGUCUCGCUGCCUCGCUUCUCCCCUCGGGGACAGCCGCUGUCGGAUUUGGAGGCUAUGUCGGUAGUUCUCGGCUCGAUUCAUCUCUUGCAUCCGAAGAGUUUUCGGACAUUGACAGUGAAAUGGCACAACACUUAAAGAGGCUUGCAAGGAAGGAUCCCACCACCAAGCUUAAAGCUUUGACAUGUUUAUCUAUGCUGCUCAAGCAGAAAUCUGGAAAGGAAAUAGUACUGAUCAUUCCACAAUGGGCAUUUGAAUACAAGAAGCUUUUGAUGGACUACAAUAGAGAGGUUCGACGAGCUACUCAUGACACAAUGACUAAUCUUGUCCUCGCUGUCGGAAGAGAUUUAGCAUUGCACCUGAAAUCUUUGAUGGGACCAUGGUGGUUUUCUCAGUUUGAUCAAAUUCCUGAGGUUGCUCAAGGUGCAAAGUAUUCAUUGCAGGCUGCCUUUCCAGCUCCAGAAAAGAGACUAGAUGCCUUAAUCUUAUGCACAACUGAGAUAUUUAUGUAUUUGGAUGAAAAUCUAAAGCUCACACCACAGAGCAUGUCUGAUAAAGUAACUGCUUUGGAUGAAUUGGAAGAGAUGCACCAGCAGGUGAUUUCUUCAUCAUUGUUGGCAUUAGCUACACUAAUUGAUAUUUUGGUGGGCUCGCAAUUAGAAAAACCUGGUUUUGAAAGCAUCACUGCUGAGCCAAAACAUGCUUCAAAGGCUAGGGCAACUGCAAUUUCCUUUGCUGAAAAGUUAUUCUCCAGUCACAGAUAUUUUCUCGACUUUCUCAAGUCUCAGAGCCCUGCUAUUCGGUCAGCUACAUAUUCAAUGCUGAGGAGUUGUAUUAAAAACAUUCCUCAUGCUUUUAAUGAAGAGAAUAUGAAAACUCUUGCUUCCACAAUACUUGGUUCUUUUCAGGAAAAGGACCCAUCUUGUCAUUCAUCAAUGUGGGAUGCAAUGCUACUAUUUUCUAAGAGAUUUCCUGACAGUUGGAGAUCUGUGAAUGUGCAGAAAAUCUUACUAAAUCGGUUUUGGCAUUUUCUUAGGAAUGGGUGUUUUGGAUCACAACAGAUUUCUUAUCCAAGUUUGGUCCUCUUUUUAGACUCUCUGCCUCCUAAAGAAAUAGAGGGUGAGAAAUUUUUUCUCGAAUUUUUCCAGAAUUUAUGGGUAGGAAGGAACCCAUCAAAUCCUUCAAAUGCAGAUCGAGUAGCGUUUUUCCAGGCAUUUAAAGAAUGCUUCCUUUGGGGGUUACAUAAUGCAUCAAGAUAUUGUAAUGGAGUGGAUGCCAUUCAUCAUUUUCGAGUCACUCUGAUUGACAGUGUCCUUGUAAAGCUUUUUUGGCAUGAGUACAUGUCAUUUUCCAGCUCAAAAAAUCAGGAUGUAGUGCUCUUGGGGAAUUCCAAGGAUCCUUCUGAGAGCAGCACUCAACUGGUUCACAAAAGGGCAAUGGAAAAACAGAAUAUUAAAUAUCCAAAAAGUUAUGCACAAGAUCUGGGGAAGUGCAUUAUUGAAAUCCUUUCAGGCAUUUAUUCGCUGGAUCGUGAUCUACUCUAUGCCUUCUGUGCAACAUUUCAGGAGAACUGCCUGGAGAUAGUGAAGCAAACUGAGAAUAGAGAAAAAAGUGAGAAUGUAGAACAGAUUGUCAAAUUUUUGUUAUUGGUGGAGCAAUAUGCAGUUCUAAAAGAUGAAACUUGGCCCUUGAUUCAUUUAGUGGGACCAAUGUUAUCAAAGUCUUUCCCAUUGAUUAGAUCACUUGCCUCACCAGAUGCUGUGAGACUUUUCUCAGUUGCGGUUUCUGUAUUUGGACCACGCAAGAUAAUCCAAGAACUUAUCUGCAAUAAGGCACUUUCUUUUGGCCAUCUCUCUCAUGAUGGGGGAGAAAAAUUGGGCCAAGAGGAUUUUUUGCAAGUAUUCAAGGAAUUAUUUACUCCUUGGUGUUUGCUUGGACAUGAUUCCUCUAUCAGUGCUCAACUAGAUCUCUUGCUUGCGUUAUUUGAAGAUGAAUCUUUUGCUGAGCAGUGGUGUAUAGUUAUCACAUAUGCAACAAAGCUAGAAUGUUGUGGAGCUAAGCCUGGGUCUCUAGAUUCUAACCAAAUAGCAGUUUUGGCAAUUCUCAUGGAAAAAGCAAGAGAGAAACUUAAGAAGCGAAAGGUGGGAGUGGAUUUCAAUCAUCACCAAGGCUGCCAGCCAGACCACUGGCAUCACGAGCUUCUUGAUUUAGCUGCAAUAUCUGUUGCCUGUUCUCUUCCUCCCUAUGGAACUUCUGAUUCUCGGUUUAUCCGGGCUGUCCUUGGUGGCUCAGUUGAAGAUGAUCAGGCUUCUUUUCUAUCCAGAGAUGCAAUGAUCCUGAUUUUUGAGGAUGUCCUCAAAAAGUUACUGACUUUUAUAAUGACCUCCUCUUUUAUAUGGGUUAAGGAUGCGGGUUCUUUAUUAGCUCCUACGGCAGUAGAUUCCAUGACAGAGCUGGAAUCUUCUGUUAACAUGCUGGAGGCAACUCAGUUUGCUCUUGAAAUACUUGAUGGUAGCUUCUUUUGCUUACAGACAUUUUGUGAGGGAAGUGAGGUAGUUCCAUGUCUUUCAGCUGCAUUAUUUAUUAUUGGUUGGGAGUGUAAUAUGGCAAGAGCAUUGGAUAAUGCAUUUGAUGAUCAAUCAAUGGAAAUAACAAAGGCAAGGAUGAAUUUUGGUGAAGCUUUACUUUCUUUGCGUGGUAAGAUAAACAAUACAUUCUGGCAAAGUCUCAGCAUACCCAAUCAGAAAAAGUUGGGAAGUAUUUUGAUUCUGACUAUCAGGUCUGCCAUUUUCAAGGAAGAUAAAGUAAAUGCUAAUGAGAUCACAUCUUUGUGCUUUCUGUGGAUGGCUGAAGUUCUUGAAUGUCUCUGUCAGGACCAAUAUCAAGAGCAGAAUUUCUUGGACCUUUUUCUAGCUAAUAGUGAUGUGUGGCCUUUGUGGAUCAUGCCAGAUUCUGGCUGUGCAAAAAGAUCAGCCUCCUUGAAAAUUAAAGAAAUUUCUAUUAAGACUAAUACAUCUGGGAGUCACAAGUCUGUUGCUAUAAUUGAGAAGCUGAUCUCUGCCCUUGGCAUUGAUAGAGUUGUUGCUGGUUAUGUUUCAAAGACUCCAAAUUCAACCGAGGAAGCAUCAAAAGAACUGGCUACCUCUCAUUUUUAUUCUCGAGCCUGGCUUGCUGCUGAAAUAUUAUGCACAUGGAAAUGGCAAGGAGGCAGUGCUUUAGGUUCUUUCUUACCUUUACUAUGCUCAUAUGCAAAGAGUGGAAAUUGUUCUCCAAAGGAAGGCUUGUUGGAUUCCAUUGUCAACAUUUUACUUGAUGGUGCUCUUGUUUAUGGUGCAAGUGGUGAAUUGAGAUUUUUCAAUGUUUGGUCCGCAUCAGAUGAUGAGGUGGAAAGCAUUGAGGAGCCCUUCUUGAGAGCUCUAGUAUCAUUCCUUAUUGCUCUGUUCACAGAAAAUAUAUGGGGAAAGGACCAAGCUGUGAUGCUUUUUGGGCUGUUAGCAAAUAAACUUUUUAUUGGUGAAUCAGUGAACGCAGAAUGUUUGAGGAUUUUUCCUCUAAUUUUAAGUGUUCUCAUUCGACCAUUAUACACCAUAGAGUCUGAUGAAUUGCAUAGAGAUGCUGUACCCACUUCUUUUGAGGAAAAUCAGAUAUGUGAUACUAUCAAGGAUUGGGUCCAAAGAACUCUAUCGUUUCCACCCUUAACUGCAUGGGAAACAGGACAAGAUAUGGAAGAAUGGCUUCAGUUGGUUCUAUCUUGUUAUCCUUUACGUGCACUGGGAGGAUCAAAAGCAUUGAUUCUUGAGAGAGACAUCGACCCUGUAGAGAGAUCUCUUCUACUUGAUUUAUUUCGAAAGCAAAGACAUGCUGGUAAAUCAGCUGCAGCCAGCCAGCUGCCAAUGGUGCAGAUAUUGCUAUCGAAGUUAAUGGCAGUUUCAGUUGGGUAUUGCUGGAAAGAAUUCAAUGAAGAAGAUUGGGAGUUUGUCUUGUUUCACUUGAGACGGUGGAUUGAAUCGGCAGUUGUAAUGAUGGAGGAAGUAGCUGAAAAUGUAAAUGAUGUCAUCAUUAAUAGAUCUAGUUCUGAUGACAAGGAAGUUAUUCUUAAGGAGCUUGAGCAUGCUGUUUUGCUUUUGGACUCUCCUCGUAUAAAUAUUGCUAGGAAUGCCCUUUUUGCAUUUUCUCUUUUCUCUGGGCUUACUGAACUCCAAAAUGCAGAAGAUGCAGAUAAUUCAAACCCCUUGAGGAGAGAAAGAUGGGAUCUUGUAAAAGACCGAAUUGUAGAAGGUAUUCUUCGCCUAUUCUUUUCCACUGGUGUCACUGAGGCCAUUGCUAGUUCUUAUACUGAGGCUUCAUCUGUUAUAGCAUCAACCCGGCUUGAUCAUCCUCACUUUUGGGAGUUAAUUGCUUUGAGCAUUGUUAACUCCUCACUACAUGCUAGAGAUAGAGCAGUGAGAUCAAUUGAGCUUUGGGGGCUAAGCAAAGGACCAAUUAGCUCCUUGUAUGCCAUCCUCUUUUCUUCCAAACCAGUUCCUUCUUUGCAGUUUGCUGCUUAUUUUAUUCUUGCAACUGAACCUGUUUCAAACUCUGCCAUCAUUAGCAAGGGCACAAGAUAUUUGGUUGGAAAUACUACUGAUACUUGUGAUAUUGAUUCAUCAUCUGAAGAAGGUAUCCAAUUGAGGGAGGACAUAUCUUGCAUCAUUGAAAGGUUACCAUAUGAGAUUCUGGAAGUGGACUUGGUUGCACAACAGCGGGUAUAUGUAUUCCUUGCUUGGUCUCUGUUGCUAUCACAUCUGUUGUCUUCACCACCAUCAUCACCUACCAGGGAGAGACUGAUUCAACAUAUACAAGAGUCUGCUAAUUCAACAAUAUUAGAUUGCAUUUUCCAACAUAUACCUUUGGAACUAAGCUCGGCAUAUAGCUUGAAGAAGAAAGAUAUAGAGAUUCCUGCUGAGUUAUCAGAGGCUGCCACUGCCGCAACCCGAGCCAUCUCAACAGGCUCAUUGUUGUUUUAUGUGGAAUCACUUUGGCCAGUUGGACCUGUGAAAAUGGCUUCACUUGCAGGUGCACUAUUCGGUUUGAUGCUUCGUGUUCUUCCUGCAUAUGUACGACAGUGGUUUAGUGAUUUACGUGACCGUUCUGCAUCAUCUCUAAUUGAGUAUUUUACAAAAGCAUGGUGCAGCCCUCCGCUAAUUGCAGAUGAGCUAUCUCAGAUCAAGAAAGCUAGUUUUGCUGAUGAGAAUUUUUCAGUGAGUGUAAGUAAGUCAGCCAAUGAGGUUGUUGCUACCUAUACAAAGGAUGAGACAGGAAUGGAUUUAGUUAUUCGUCUUCCCCCAUCUUACCCAUUGCGGUCCGUGGAUGUUGAUUGCACAAGGAGCCUUGGCAUUAGUGAAGUGAAGCAGAGGAAAUGGUUAAUGUCUAUGACGUCAUUUGUCCGUAAUCAGAAUGGAGCACUGGCUGAAGCUAUACGGAUAUGGAAGAACAAUUUUGACAAGGAAUUUGAAGGUGUUGAGGAGUGCCCCAUCUGUUACAGUGUGAUCCAUACUGUGAAUCAUAGCCUUCCACGCCUUGCUUGCAAGACCUGCAAACACAAGUUCCAUUCAGCCUGCCUGUACAAGUGGUUCUCCACUUCUCACAAAUCAACUUGCCCAUUGUGCCAGUCUCCAUUCUAAUCUAAACUGUUCAAACAAUGAUGCUUCAAUAGGUUAUAACAUUUCUUUUGUGGGAAAGAAUACAGAUCGAUUCAGUUAAAUGAGUCACGGUAUAAAUUUAUAGCACAAAAUUUGGUCGGAUUUAAACCUUCCUCGGGUGUACAUGAAUGCUGUUGAAUGAUCAGCCAUAUGAAAACAGGCACACUGAAUCGGCCCUUUGAUGAUAUCUACUGGUAUAUGUGACAUUAAUUUUAAGCUUAAUGAGUUAAUGAAGUAGGAGUUUGUGAAGAAGAUAUGCCUGCACCUACAAUUUUUGCAUACAGAGCAUGUCCGGACAACGUUGAUGAAGCCCCAUGAAUGAAGGGCCAUUAGUGAGUUGGAAAUGCAGAGUUGAGGGAUGUUGUCUUUGAUUCUGAAUAUAUUAUUGUUUAAUGUUCAGGAUUAGCAUAUGGGCAAUAUGUACAGAAAUGAAAUUUCCAUAGAAUGUUAGUUGGAAGAAACGAGGAUACUAAAAAAUAAUAAUAAAUAAUGAAACUGAGAAGAAACGAUUGAUGGGGUUUA